UAGUGAGUAGUCGAUAAAAUGUAGAUGCUUUUGUCUUUUCUGAUUCUUCUUCUUCCUCUUAUUUCCUCGUGUGUCUUAUUAGUCCCCUAAAGAUGACCUCUUCACAGCCCAGCAUUUGUGAGGGACUGAUGGAGAGAUACGUGGCUGCCAUGGUGCUGAGUGCAGCUGGAGAUGCCUUGGGGUACUUUAAUGGGAAGUGGGAGUUCCUCCGAGAUGGGGAGAAGAUACACCGGCAGCUGGCCCAGCUGGGUGGCUUGGACGCCCUGGAUGUGGGAAGGUGGAGAGUGAGUGAUGACACAGUGAUGCACCUGGCUACAGCAGAAGCCCUCCUGGAAGCUGGAGAAGCCCCAGACUUGGCUCAGCUAUAUUCCCUCCUUGCUAAACAUUACCAAGACUGCAUGGAAGACAUGGAUGGCCGGGCACCAGGUGGCGCCUCGGUGCAGAACGCCAUGAUGCUGAGGCCAAAUGAGGCCAAUGGCUGGAGGAUUCCCUUCAAUGAUCAUGAGGGUGGCUGUGGCGCUGCCAUGCGGGCCAUGUGCAUCGGUCUCAGGUUCCCGCACCCCAGCCAGCUGGACACACUGAUUCAAGUGAGCAUCGAGAGUGGUCGAAUGACCCACCACCACCCCACAGGCUACCUGGGGGCCCUGGUGUCUGCUCUUUUUACAGCCUAUGCUGUGAAUGGCAAACCCCCUGAGCAGUGGGGAAAAGGACUGAUAGAGCUGCUACCAGAGGCUAAGAAGUAUGUUGUCCAAUCGGGCUACUUUGUGGAGGAAAAUCUUCAACACUGGUCCUACUUCCAAAACCAAUGGGAAAAGUACCUAAAACUUCGAGGGAUUUCGGAUGGCAAAUCAGCCCCCACCUUCCCCAAGCCCUUCGAUGUGAAGGAGAGGGAUCUGUUCUACACAUCUCUGAGCUACUCAGGCUGGGGUGGCAGCAGUGGGCACGAUGCCCCCAUGAUUGCCUAUGACGCCAUCCUUGCUGCAGGAGACUCCUGGAAGGAGCUUGCCCACCGAGCCUUUUUUCAUGGUGGAGACAGUGAUUCUACAGCUGCCAUUGCUGGCUGCUGGUGGGGAGUUAUGUACGGUUUUAAAGGCGUGAGUCCCUCCAACUAUGAGAAACUGGAGUACAGAAACCGGCUAGAAGAGACAGCUAGGGCUUUGUAUUCUCUUGGUCAAAGGAAGACACUGUAAUUACCCUUUAGGGCCGUGUCAUAUUCGUUUCUGGUGGUUUCUUCUUUGGAGUGUUCUUGUUUUUGUUCUUUCUUUUCACCAAAGAUUCUUAACCUCGUACUCAGGGGAUUUUGAGAUAACAAGUCCCUUAGCCACCUUAAGCUCAGUCUCACUGAGCUUAAGCUUUCAGACUCACACUGUUGCUCCUAAUCUGUCCUCUUCUUAUAUUGAAGACUCUUAUCUCAGUUGAUGGGGUCAGCAUCUCCCAAGAUAGAAAUCCCAAAACCUCGUAUGUGAGUCUUCAGUUUCAUUGUGUAAUUGUUCUAAAGUUUCUUUCUGUUUGUCUUUAGGUUUCAGGGGUGGGGAACUUCCGGCCUUAAGGCCACGUAUGGCAUUCUAGGUCCUUAAGUGUGACCUUUUGACCUAAUCCAGAUUUUA